UUGGUAAAAAAAAAGGAAAAUAGACAGACUUGCAAGAAAGCUCUCUGAAUCCAGGCAGCUCCUCCCCAAAACGAUACUGGAAAGAUCUCGAAACCCUAAUUAUUUACCAAAUUCAUCGUCGGUCUUGGAUCAUGUAGGGCUCCACCAUUUCGGAAUCUGUGUAAUGAGCUUUUUCCUGGAGAACAAUUAGGGAUACAACAAAGAGUACUCGGAGAAGAGAUUACGGGGUUUUUAAUAAAAAAAAAUCAGAUAUUGAUGAAUCAAGUUCGUCGGUGGCAGAGGAUUCUGAUCCUCUCGUUGCUCUUGGUAUCUGUGUUGGCUCCGAUCGUUUUCGUCUCGAAUCGGCUCAAGAGUAUCACUUCCGUUGGUCGGAGAGAAUUCAUUGAAGAGUUGACGAACAUUAGAUACAGGACGAAUGACCUUAGGCUUAACUCUAUUGAACAGGAGGACGAAGAAGGCUUGGAGGAGCCUAAACUCAUUCUCUACAAGGAUGUAAAAUUUGAUUCUGUAGUACAAUAUAGGUCUUCUGAUGAAAGUGGUGCUGCUAAGCAGUCUACUGAGGGCCGGAAAACAGGUUUUUUCUCAGAAAUUGGAGGAAAUAAUCACAAAAGCAAGGAAGAAGAAGCAAUAGUCUCAAAUCAAACUGUAGUAUCUUCUGAUGUGAAGGAUCAAUCUUUACCAAUAGUUAUCCAACUUAAUAAUGACGUGGAAUUCCAAAACCCUGUAGCUAAGGGUGAGAAGGAAGCCAGGGCUCAGUCAGAACAAGCAACGGACGAGAGGGUGAAGGAGAUAAGAGACAAAAUAAUCCAAGCUAAAGCCUACCUUAAUUUUGCACCGCCUGGGAGUAACUCCCAAAUUGUGAAGGAGUUGAGAGCUCGAAUGAAAGAGCUGGAACGGGCAGUUGGUGAUGCUACCAAUGAUAAAGAUCUCUCAAAGAGCGCUCUUCACAAAGUAAAACCCGUGGAAGUUGCGAUAUACAAGGCCAGUCGUGUUUUUAACAACUGCCAUGCCAUUGCAACUAAGCUCCGUGCCAUGAGUUACAACACUGAAGAACAAGCUCGGAUGCAGAAGAAUCAAGCAACAUAUCUUAUGCAGCUUGCUGCAAGAACCACCCCAAAAGGGCUUCACUGUCUCUCAAUGCAGCUGACAACAGAAUACUUUGCCCUGGAUCCUGAGAAAAGACAGAUGCCUAACCAGCAACAUCAUGAUGAUCCUGCUCUCUAUCAUUACGUUGUCUUCUCUGACAAUGUUUUGGCUUGUGCUGCUGUUGUUAAAUCUACGGUCUCUUCUACAAAGGACCCAGAAAAAAUUGUAUUCCAUGUGUUGACAGAUUCACUUAAUUACCCAGCAGUCUCCAUGUGGUUUUUGUUAAACCCUCUUCCCAGAGCUACAAUUCAGAUCCAAAACAUUGACGAUAUGGAUGUUUUUCCUUCAGAUUAUCCCCAAUUACUGAUGAAGCAGAAUUCCAGUGAUCCAAGAUUCAUUUCUACCCUCAAUCAUGCCCGUUUCUUUCUCCCUGAUAUUUUCCCCAGUGUGAACAAGAUUGUAUUGUUUGACCAUGAUGUAGUAGUCCAAAGAGAUCUAAGUGGUUUGUGGAGCAUUGACAUGAAGGGGAAAGUAGUCGGAGCUGUAGAGACGUGUAUCGAAGGCAAACCUUUGAUGAACAGAUUUAUUAAUUUCUCAGACGCAUGGGUUGCUAGGAAGUUUGACCCUAAAGCUUGCAUGUGGGCAUUUGGGAUGAACCUAUUUGAUCUCAAAGAGUGGAGAAGACAGAAUUUGACUUCCGUGUAUCUGAAACACUUGCACCAGGGAACAAAGAGACCAGUGUGGAAGGCAGGGAGCUUGCCAAUAGGUUGGUUGACCUUCUAUAAGCAAGUAUUGCCGUUGGACAAGAGAUGGCAUUUGGUGGGUUUAGGUUACGAGUCAGGGGUUAAAGAGACCGAGGUUGAACAAGCUGCGGUCAUACACUUUGAUGGAAUCAGGAAGCCGUGGUUGGAUAUCGGGAUCGCUAUGUACAAACCCUUCUGGAACAGGCAUGUCCCUUACAAUCACCCUUACUUGCAACGGUGCAAUAUCCACGCUUGACACGAAUCAGAUCCAAUCACUUCUGUCCAGAUUGAAAUGCAAAAGCCAGAAUAGGUUCGAUUCGUUUCUUUUUAUAACAAAACCUCCACCUCUUUAUGUUCCAAUAUCAAUUACCUUUCAUUCUUUAACAAUAUCUCUCAGUAUAAAUCUUGUUCUUUUUUUUCUUUUUGUUUCCGGGCGGGAUUUAAUGUUACAGAAGCUAUUUAGAUAUAACGGUAUUUGAUGUCGGAGGCCAGGUGGGUUA